AAUCUAAUUCUUCUAAUGGAUAAAGCCACUUUAGCAAAAUACAUUGACCAUACUCUUCUUAAAGCUGAUGCUACUGAAGAACAAAUUAGAAAAUUAUGUUCUGAAGCUGCUGAAUAUAAAUUUGCUUCUGUUUGUGUUAAUCCAACAUGGGUUCCAUUAUGUGCAGAACUUCUUAAAGGUACUGGUGUUAAAGUAUGUACUGUUAUUGGAUUCCCAUUAGGAGCUACUCCAUCAGAAGUCAAAGCUUAUGAAACUAAAGUUGCAGUUGAACAAGGAGCUGAAGAAGUUGAUAUGGUUAUUAACAUUGGAAUGGUUAAAGCAAAGAAAUAUGAUGAUGUAGAAAAGGAUGUUAAAGCUGUUGUUGAUGCUUCUGGAAAAGCACUUACUAAAGUUAUUAUUGAAUGUUGUUAUUUAACAAAUGAGGAAAAAGUUGAAGUUUGUAAGAGAUGUGUUGCUGCUGGAGCUGAAUAUGUUAAAACUUCCACUGGAUUUGGUACUCAUGGAGCUACUCCUGAAGAUGUUAAAUUAAUGAAAGAUACUGUUGGUGAUAAAGCACUUGUUAAAGCUGCUGGAGGAAUUAGAACAUUUGAUGAUGCAAUGAAAAUGAUUAAUAAUGGUGCUAGUAGAAUUGGUGCAUCAGCAGGUAUUGCUAUUCUAAAUGGAAUUCAUUAAUAUCAAUAUCUUUUUUAAUCAAA